AUGAAAUUGAAAUUAACUAUUAAUGGUUCAAUAUUUCCCGAUGAUUAUAAACUUUUACAGACAACUAUAACGACGAUAGCAUCACUUAGGAAGACUGCCAUUUUACGGUUUACCAAUGAACGACUAGUGAUAAUAUCAACCCCCAAAACUUUUACAACUAAUAACAACAAUAAUACUACACUACAAGCUGAUACAGGUCAAUUAUGGUGUUCCAUCCCGAAAGAUGUUUUCAUUCAAUACACCAUUGACUCCAUGAGAGAAUUGGAUACUAUCACCAUGGAAUGUAAUUGUGACACUUUAUUAAGUGCUUUUAAGAAAUAUGACCGUAUUUUGAGCCAAGGAUCUUCUUCUGAUAUGUUAAUAAAAUUACAAGCCGUACAGGAUUGGAAUAAUAAUUAUCCCAAUAACAACAAUAAUAAUAAUAAUAAUGGUAAACUCGAUACUAAGAAUAACAAACAAAUUAGACAGAGCCCAAUACAUGCUCUAUCAAUAAAAUUCGAUGAGUUUGUACAUACGAGAGGUGGAUCAGCAGUAAUGGAGGAUGAAUAUCAAAUGGAUGAUGACAAUAAUAACAAAAACGCUCAUAAUCAUUACUAUUUCAUGGGGAAUAGUAAGAAAAUUCAACAUUCAUUUAAAAUACCGGUGAAAUUAUUGCUUAGAUCACAAGAUCAUAAAAUUCAAGAACCAUUAGUUAACCAUGAUAGAAUUGUAAUAUACAAAUUACCAUCUAUCGGUGGGGAAUUUGGAGGUGCCUUCCAUAAUUUUAUCAAAAGAAUAGAGAGAUAUAAUAAUGUUACUAAUAUAAAACUUACUGGGAAGAAAUGUCUAGAUGAUGUCGAUUCACAUGAUAAUAAAUCAAUUUUAUGCAUAGGGGUUGAUGAAACAAAUUGGCAUUUAGAAAUUUCGUGGAAUGGUCCAUUGGAUACGAUCAUUCAAGAUACUGAUGAUUUACAGCCGGAUGUAUUGGAUGACAGUCCAAGAGACAUGCAUGAAAAACGACAGCAACUACAAUCAUCAUCAUUGAAAGUGGUAUCAUCUCAACAUUCUACUAUUGGAUCUCCAAACAAGAGAAGGAGAAUAGGUGGUACAGAGAUAGGUUCUCUCAUAUCACCCCAUAAUGACGAAGAUGCGUACAUUGCAGAUAUGUAUAGGAUUGAAGAUAGUGAACUAGCAAAUUACCCUUUAGGAAAAAGACAAACACAGACACAGACAGAAACCCAGUCGGGGAAUGGAAGGAUACGAGACAAUAAUUUGGAAAAUGUUUCCGAAUUGGUUGAAAGAGCAGAACAAGAGAGUUCAUCACUUCAUGAGGUGAUGUUACGAAGUAGGGAUUGGAAAGUUUGUGGGAAAUUAUAUGCAGCAUUUGAAGAUGUUGCUCUUGCUAUUGCUCAUGAUCAUUCUCUUGUAUUUCAUUGUUCUUUGGAUCGUGGGACGUCGGAAGACAGUAACGAUUUGGAACAACCGAGAGAAAAGGGUCAAAUAGUCUAUUAUAUUGCUCGUUCCAAAGGGCUGUCAAUUUGA